CUUUAGGAGAAACUGAAACUGGGUGUGCUGGGGGCGGAGUGGUCACUGGGGAUUUAAAGAGCCACCACUUCCUUGGGCCUCCAGAGGGCACUGGGAGGGCAAGGCUGCUGAGGGACACCCAGGACCGGAUUGAACCUCUGCUCCCCUGCCUAAGCCAUGCAACUCUGUGGGAGCGGUGCGCUGCUGACUGGGCCAGAACCUGAGGAGUGUCAGAAGCAGCUGAAGAAGAAGCAGAAGAACCGGCUGGCUGCCCAGCGCAGCCGGCAGAAGCACACUGACAAGGCGGAUGCUCUGCACCAGCAGCAUGAGUCCUUGGAGAAACACAACCACGCCCUUCGGAAGGAGAUCCAGGCCUUGCAGGCUGAGCUGGCACGGUGGGGCCGGACACUGCAUCUGCAUGAACGCCUGUGCCGAGUGGACGGUGGCUCCUGUCCCGCUCUGCUGCCCUCUGGAUGCCCAGUCCAGGCUGAGCAACUCCCGGGACAACCUGCCUCCCGUGGAUACUGUGGCUGCCAGGAAGAGCCGGGCCUGUUCCAGACUCCUGGCUCCUCUCCCCCAGCCCAGCAACUCUCUCCAAGUCCAUGCUUCCACGAGUCCCCUGGCCUCCUCCCUUGCCCACUGCCCUCACUGUCCUUUGACCCUCUCAUGAUGAGGGCCCCUCUAGCCCAGCUGUCCCCCAGCCCUGUACUGUCCACAUCAUCCCCUGGCUCCAGCCUGCUGGGGUCUUUCUCUAAGUCUGAUGCCCUCAUGCCCAGCCCCCCAGACCAGCUGGGCUCUCCUCAGCCCCUCAGGCUGGAGCAUCCCACCAGCAGGAAGCUGGCAUCCUCCUCCAGCCCACCAGCUGCUCUGGGACCAGAGUGUCCACAGAACAUACAGCGCUUGCCUGCGCUGUCUGGCUCCUCGGCAGACUGGCAGAAGCUGUCUGUGGACCCUAGCCCACACCCCCUCGUGGCCUUCCCGCUGCUCUCUUCUGCAGAAGUCCACUUCUAGCCUGUACCUAGAGCUGGGCUGCCUUCCCAGAGUUCCUGAAGCAGCCUCAGCACCCAGGCAGCGCCUCCAUUUCUGCUUGAGUCACCGAGUGCCUACUGCUGUGGACCAAGCAAAGCCAUCCUCUCCCUCAGCAGAGGCUACAGGGAAAGAUGGUGGGGGAGGGGCAAAUGCAAGAACCUUGAACCUGGCUGCAGUACUGCCUGUGUUUUUCUUGGUGGCUCUUCCAGCCCUGCACAGUACCAGGUCCUGUUACCCUCAGGCUCCCCUAAAGAGGCUCCUUCAUGACUCUCGGGACUGGGGCCAUGACAGCUAAGAGAGUAGGUGGGAGCUCUGCAGGGUUAUCAGCUCCGAAAGGGCGGUCAUUCCCACUCAGCACUAGGGUUUCACACAUGGAACUGAGUGAGAGGGUGUGUCAGAAGUGGACUCACUCCAGGAUCAGAACACACAUCUCAGCACUUGUGAUGCUAAAAAAAAGUGUUUCCCAGGCCCCUUUGUUUUUCUGGGUUGUUGAAAACUGGUUACACUCUGUUGAUUAUAUAUAUUAUAUAAACAUAUAUGCUGUGGAAUAA